UUUACGUCAGCGAAUCUGGUUCUGGCGCUUGGACAGUCCGAAAAUGUUCAAGCUUUCCUGGAGCAACACGGCAUAUCUGCGCACGUAUGUGGAUGUAAAUAUGUUUACGAUGGAGAUAUGUAUUAUUGGUCUAGAAACGAGCACUUCUAAAAGCAGUACAUGUCAAAGUAAAUAGUGGAAUUACAUCGCUGGAGGCAACACUGAACGGCAGCCCCAGAAAAUAUCUCUGGCCCUUCAAUGAAGCUCCACUGCCCAACUCUUGUGACCCUAGAAGAGAAGUGACCUACAUGGAUCCCCUGUCUGAGCUGACAUCACUCUCUCCCCCCACAUCCAUGUCCUCUCCACAUCCCCCAACCAUGUCUCACCCACCACACCCGACCAUGUCUCCCCCACCUCCCCCUGCCAUCUUCCCACCACCCCCACCUCCUCCACUGCCCGGUGACCUCCAGAACAGUCGGGAUGUCCUGCAACGGUCCAAGUUACGCAACCUGAACUGGGACCUCAUUCCGAAGGAGAAGGUAGAGGGCCGUCAGAGUGUCUGGAACAGUCCAGAUGAGUUCCACUUCGACCUGAGCUCCUUGGACGAGCUGUUUGGACAACAGAAGAGGUCUCGGCCCCCCAAGAAGGAUGGCAGUUUACGGCAUGGUCUCAGACCUAUUGGCUCCCCUCUACACAAUGCACCUGAAAAGGUAUCACUUCUGGACGGGAAGCGCAGUAUGAAUGUGGGAAUUUUCCUCCGGCAGUUCAAGAGUGCAGUCAGGGAGAUAGUGGAGAACAUCAGGCAGGGGGCUGGGCAGCACUAUGGGAGUGAGAUGCUCAGUGAACUGUGCAAAAUGCUGCCUGAGACUGAGGAGGAGAGGCGUCUGAGGGCAUACCGGGGAGAGCGUAGCCAUCUUGAAGACCCUGACCUCUUCAUGCUCCUACUAGUGGAGGUGCCCAGUUAUCGCUUGCGUUUGGAUGCCAUGAUCCUGCAGCAGGAGUUUGACCCGGCCUUAUCUUCUCUGUGUGUGUCAGCACGCUGCUUGGUGUCUGCAGCCACAGAGCUUUUGAGCUGCCCAGAGUUGCACUCCAUUCUACGGCUGGUCCUGAGGGCAGGAAAUUACAUGAAUGCCGGAGGUUACGCAGGCAAUGCUGCUGGGUUCCGCAUCGCCUCUCUGCUCAAACUAGCUGACACCAAAGCCAACAAACCAGGCAUGAACCUGCUGCAUUAUGUGGCCAUGGAAGCCGUUAGGAAAGACCCAACCCUGCUGUCCUUUCCCCUCAAGCUGAGCCAUGUGGGUCCAGCCUCCAGACUGUCUGUGGAUGUGGUGCAAGGGGAUCUGUCUCAGCUGUGCAGCAGACUAACUGGACUAGAGAGGAGAAUUCAGACUGAACCUGUUCUCCAACAGCAAAUCAAAUCCUUCCUCCAGAGCGCUGAGGGGAGGCUGGAGGAGGCAGAGGUGGAGGUGGAGGCUCUACUGCAGGCCCAACAGGACCUGUUGGACUUCUUCUGUGAGGAUGAUGUCACGUUCAAGCUGGAGGAGGCCUGCAGCAUCUUUUACUCCUUCAACAUUCGCUUUCAGAAAGCUGUAGAGGAGAAUGCAAAGAGGGAGCUUCAGGAACAGAAGCGAGCAGAGAGAGAGAGGCUGGAGAGGGACCGGGACAGGACGGUGAGACGUCGCUCCAUAGCCAACUGUUCAGCCCUGGAGGUGGGACUCAGGGACAUCCAGCAAGAAGACCUGGAGAGCACCCUGGAGAGGAGCCUCUACCACACCUGGCAGAGCCGCCACAACGUACGAAGCCCAGACAGCCGACUACGUGCCAUGAGUCCAACCUUACACAACUUACUGGAGAACAUCAAUGAUGAUGAUACUACAGAAUCAUGUGACACACCACCACCAACCCUUGCUCACUCACCACCACCACCCAAGACAAAGCUUCAGCAGAGUGUGUCUGCUCCCCCCUCUGACCCCACAAACAGCAUGUCAGCCAAGCCUGCCCAGGAGACCACCCCUCCAGUGGACAGCCCACAGUCACCUCUGGAGAGUGCCGAUCUGCUGAGACGUGUAGCAUCUAAAGUGGUGAACCAGCAGUGCAGUCUACAAGAAAUGUCUGACCCAGAGAAACAGCAUGACACAGCCUCUGCCCAACCCACCACCAAGGGACAGUCACAGAAGCCUGGGGAAUGGGAGUGUCUGUAUUCAUGCAUGGGAGACACAGUAGUGUGUCACACUCUUGUGACUGGCCUAUGCUCCUAUAAGAACCUGAGCCCAACACAGCCCUGGGAGGAGCCCACGGAAGGAUCCCACUGCUUCUUACGGUUGAGGGACAAGCAGGUCAGAGCGGCAUCACCCCAGGUCCACAAAGCGGCAGCACCCCAGGUCCAGGGGGACAACGUGCAGAACAAAAAGGUGCUCCAGAGAACUAUACCCAGGAGUAGGGCUUCCACACCCUCCACAAGCCCUACUUCCACCCUUUCCUCUACUGCCUCUGCCAUCCCUACUCCCACAGCCCCGGCCAUUCCCAAAAUGCAAGGCAGGUCAGAGGCAGCCUCCACAUGGUCCUCACGUCUCCCUCUCAGGAACUCAAUGCGUUCCCCAACUCCAAUCACCUCCAGAGAUCAUACUGAGGUCAGACCGGAAGGGAUUGUUAGGGAAAAAAUGCAAUCUCUGAAUGAGCAGACCAAAAAAAAGCAUCCACUUCGUCGACUACUAGAAAAAGCCAAACCAAAUGAGAAGGAGAGAGAGGAGAAGAUAAAGAAGAAGGAAAGAGAGCUGGAGAGUGAAAGAGAGAGGGAGGGAGUGAGAGAGGAGAGGGAAAGUGAGAAGAGCUCUGUGACCACCAGUGCCAAGGUCAUACGCUGUGCCCUCAUUGCCGUCGCGGCUGUGAAUAAGGACAGGAGCAGCCAGUCUACAGUCCCAAAGACCACAGUUAUAAAGCUGCCUGGCCCCAGGUCAAAGCUCCCAACUCCACUAUCCAUGUGGAAGUGA